AUUAAUUAAUUAAUUAAUUAUUUUAUUGUUCAGCCAAAAAGAUACUCUCACAAUCUUAUUUCACUGCCAUGUUUUUCCUCUUCUUCUCUUUCCACUCUCUAUAGGGUUUCUGUACCAAAAAAACCAAAAUCCAAAUUAAAAACCCUUCAUCUUCCUUUUAUGCAUGCAACUGAAUUCAAUUUCUCAGCGCAGAUCCGUGAGUAGAAUUCCCUCUCUUGCGUUCUCCGCUGCUGUUUUCGCAGUAAAUCCGAAGAGCUCGAGGAAGGAGACGAAGGAGCGGCAAUGAAGCCCGAAUUGGAGCUCGAAAUCGACUCUUCGGGCCAGUUGAAGGAGUCCGGGCCGGAAUCCGGAUCCGGUGAUCCGGCGCGCCGUGAUUCGAGCAUUUCGGAAUCGACGGAUCACUGCUAUGUGCCUAGGGUUAGACCGAGCGAGGCGAACGGUUUUGCGGUUUAUACGAGGAGUAAGCGGUUGAAGAGUAGAAGCUUGAGUGCAAUUGAGUAUUUCGCUAAACUCCAGGGUGAUGCGGGAGUUUCAGUCAAGGCUGGUGAGGCUGAGAGUUCGAAUGGUGGAGUUGUAGUUAGUGGCGGUGGUGGUAGUAAGGUAAAUAUGAGUGGAGGCGGAGGUCAAUUAGGGACUUUAGGUGUUAGCGGAGGGGAGAGCGAGGGAGAGAUGAUGGAAAUUGAAGUGAAGGAGGAGCCGACGGCUCGGAGGUUUACACGUUCUGUGCUUAAGUCGAAGGACGAAGAUUUUGGACUGGAGAAUGGGAAUUUGGGGAAUUUAAGGGAAACGGUGGUUUUGGAGGCAGAUGCAUUGUCAAGUGAAGAAUUGACUGUGUUGGGCAGUCCGGAUACAAGGAAGAUGGAGAUGAAGAUGUCCAAAAAAAUACUCAUUAAAGGGCGGCCGACAACUGUCAGGGAGCUUUUCGAGACAGGGUUGCUGGAAGGAUAUCCCGUUUUCUACAAUGGGGGAAAGAGGGGAUUCCCACUACGUGGAACCAUAACAGAUGCUGGAAUCCUCUGUUCUUGCAUUUUGUGCAAGGGAGCUCAGGUAGUUCCACCGUGUCAAUUUGAGAUUCACGCCUGCAAAUCAUAUAGACGCGCAUCACAAUAUAUAUGCUUAGAGAAUGGAAAGAGCCUUUUGGACGUGGUCAAAGAAUGCCGGAAAUCUUCAGUAAAAUCAUUAGAAGAAACAAUACAGAACUUUAUUGGCCCUAUGCCUGUGAAGGAAUCUGUCAUAUGUCGGAAUUGCGAGGGAUCAUUUCUUGCAACAUCGGCUGCAAAGGUGGAACUACUUUGUGAUUCUUGCAUGGUUGUCCUGAAUUCAGAUGUUGACGCAGAAUGUUUGAAAUCAAGGCCUCUGAAGCCACUAUUAGGCUUGGGAAUUUCGGAAAAUGGUGAAGUGCAUAACACUCCCCAAAAAAGAGGUCGUCAAGGCAGGAGAAAGAGAAAGCACUCAGAAUCAACGACUUAUAAAAAAUCUCCUGGAAAUGCCUCCUUGAAGGUUGCAACAAGAAUGAAGAGCCAAAGAAAGAUAACUAAGAAGUUGUCAGAGCCAGCUUCGGUCAUCAAGUCGCCUGGAAGUACUUUGCUAAGUUAUUCUAAGUCAUCUUCUGAUCUAACAUCAAAUGGUGGGACUUCCUUGUAUGGCUCACUGAAGGACAUGACUACAAGAAAGAUUUUAAAGAAGUUGUCAAAUACUAUAUCACUCUCCAAGUCCUUUAAACAAGGAUCUCCAUCUGUCUCGGUUCAAUCAAAUAGUUCAUCGAAGAUAACUAAAAAAGAUCAGAGGAUGCAUAAACUGGUCUUUGAGAAUGGUGGAUUACCAGAUGGCACUGAAGUUGCUUAUUAUUCUAAUGGCAAGAAAUUGCGCGAUGGCCAUAAAAUGGGCUCGGGAAUAAUUUGCCGUUGCUGUAGCACUUUGGUUAGUCCAUCUCAGUUUGAAGCUCAUGCUGGUUGGGCAUCCCGCCGGAAACCUUAUAUGUAUAUCUACACAUCUAAUGGAGUAUCUCUUCAUGAAUUUGCCAUCUCUCUGUCAAAAGGGCGCAAGUAUUCUUCAAAAGACAACGAUGACUUGUGCAUCAUUUGUGCAGAUGGUGGCAAACUUGUGCUUUGCGAUGGUUGUCCAAGGGCCUUUCACAAAGAAUGUGCAUCUCUGUCGAGCAUCCCUCGUGGUAAAUGGUAUUGCACAUAUUGCCAAAACAUGUUCCAGAGGGAAAAAUUCGUUGAGUCGAAUGCUAACGCUGUUGCAGCCGGCAGAGUGUCUGGUAUUGAUCCAGUAGAGCACAUAACAAAUCGUUGCAUUCGCCAUGUAAAGAAUCCGGAAGAUGCGGAAGUAAUAGCAUGUGUGCUAUGCAGAGGCUAUGAUUUUAGUAAAUCUGGAUUUGGUCCACGCACUGUUAUAUUGUGUGAUCAGUGUGAAAAGGAAUAUCAUGUGGGCUGUUUAAAAAAAAGCAAGUUGGCUGAUUUAAAGGAACUUCCGAAGGGAAAAUGGUUCUGCUCUGCGGACUGCAAGUGGAUUUAUUCUACUCUGCAGAAUCUGCUGAAUGCUGGUGCAGAAGAGCUCCCUGAUUCUACUGUGGACAUUUUAAAGAAGAAGGAAAUAGAGAAGAAUUCAGCUUAUACUAAUUUUGACGUCCGGUGGAGACUUUUGAAUGGGAAAAAUACAUCUCGGGAAACCAGAGUAUUGCUUUCACAGGCUGUUGCUAUAUUUCAUGAUUGUUUUGAUCCAAUUGUUGAUUCAGAAACUGGACGUGACUUCAUUCUCUCUUUGGUCUAUGGGAGGAAUAUAAGGGGCCAAGACUUUAGUGGAAUGUAUUGUGCUAUUUUGACGGUCAACUCAACAGUUGUAUCAGCCGGUAUCCUUCGGAUUUUUGGACAAGAAAUUGCUGAACUUCCAUUGGCUGCAACACGAAUUGGUAAUCAAGGCAAAGGAUACUUCCAAAUACUCCACUCGUGCAUCGAGAAAUUGCUUGCAUUUCUAAACAUUAAAAGCUUAGUUCUACCAGCGACUGAUGAGGCAAAAUCAAUUUGGACAGAGAAGUUUGGAUUUAAAAAGAUACCACAGGAGCAGCUUUUGAAUUACAGAAAAAUAUGUUGGCAAAUGAUGACUUUCAAGGGAACAUCUAUGUUAGAAAAAGCAGUUCCAAAAUGUCGAAUUAUUAAUAACGAUGAAGAAGAAGAAGAAGAAGAAGAAGAAGGUGCUUUUCCAAACUGAUUCGUAUUUAUUAUUCUUUUACGAUAUUUCUAGAAGCUUCGAGACUGAAUUAGAAGGUGCAAACUGGAAUAGGAAAACACCUGCCGAGAAAUGGUUGAAUUGUGAGAGAAGUUGUCAUCGGUAGUUAAUUAUUGAAGAUUUCAAGUUAAGGUCUCAUUUUUCUUCCCUAAGAUAUUUGCUGCCGCAUGUAAAUAACUUUCGGAAGGCGCUACUUUCCUCCAGCACACAUUCGUUUAUGUUUUAUCUAUUUGUGGGCAAACUAACUUCAUCUGGUGUUGUAUAAUUGUAUCUUGUAUAGACAUAAUGGAUGUGAAUAUAACGAUGGUCGAUGUUAUAUGUGAUGAUCUCUGUAUGAUUUCCCCAUAUUUUA